UCCAGCCUGUCAUGUCAGUUUCGAUGCGUAGGGAUAUCACAACAAGGUGAUGCGGUUGGCAUGGAACGUGUUGGAACUUGACAAUCUCUACUGAAAUGAAUCCCGGGGUGUUGGAAUAGUUUUACUGAAAGAACGAUGGUUAUUUUGCAACAUUUGGACUUUGUAAACGGGAGACACGCCCAUCUUGCACGCUGAGCAGCACUUUGGACUGGACUGCUAAACAACACAAAAAUUAGUCGACUUGAUGAGGUGGAGGGAUAUCGAUUUCAGAUGUGCAAAAAGUGGGAAAUUUGAAUAGCAUUCGACAGAAAUAUAGUACCGGGCAUCGAGGUGAUGGACUCGGUCAAACGGAACUGGACUGGUUUUUAGAAGAACAUUUUUUGGGGGAAGAACAUCGUAUCGGAUGUUUUUGUUUGCGUUUUUAAGGGAGUGCAAACGCGGGAAAAAGAAACUGAGGGCGCGGGAACAAUGAUGCAGUCAGGGCUUUCCACGGAACAUGGUAUUCGGCAGAGCAAGACGAGCCCCGGGUUUCUACACUCGAACUCGACCAGCCACACGUGGCCUUUCAGCGCCAUUGCCGAGUUGAUUGACAACGCAUACGACCCCGAUGUGGCGGCACGGCAGCUUUUCAUCGACAUGGAGAACAUCAGCGAGACGACGUGUCUCACGUUUACCGACAACGGCGCCGGGAUGACACCUGACAAACUCCACAAAAUGCUGAGUUUUGGCUUCUGUGAGAAAGUGGAAAUCAAUGGCCAUAAACCAGUGGGUCACUAUGGCAACGGGUUCAAGUCAGGCUCCAUGCGGCUAGGCAAGGACUCCAUGGUGUUCACCAAGAACGGGAAGUUCAUGAGCGUGGGGUUCCUGUCACAAACCUACCUGAAGUCCAUCCAAGCGGAGACUGUCAUCGUGCCCAUAGUGCCGUUUGACACAGCUGAGAUUAUGGUUAAGACCAUUGACUCUGACCCCAGCCUGGAGGCUAUCACUAAAUACUCCCUCUUCAAGUCCAAACAUCAGCUGAUGGAACAGUUCAACAAGAUCCAGGGUAGAAAGGGUACCAGAAUUAUCAUCUACAACAUCAGGAGAACGACUGACGGGAGGCCAGAGUUUGACUUCUCUGACGAGAGGGACAUCAGGAUUCCUGACGACACAAUCGACGAGCAGGCUGGAAAAAAGUUCCGUCGGCAGGAUCGACGACAGGAAUACUCACCAGAGUGUGACUACUCCCUCAGGGCUUACUGCAGUAUUCUCUACCUCAACCCUAAGAUGCAGAUCAUCCUGCGAGGACAGAAAGUCAAGACCCAAAAGAUUGCCAAGAGCCUGAACAACACUGAGAGAGACGUGUAUAAACCUCAGUGGCUGCCCAAGUCAGUGAAGAUCACCUUUGGGUUCAGCCCACAGAAGCAUCACUACGGCAUCAUGAUGUACCACAGGAACCGGCUCAUUAAAGGGUACGAGAGGGUCGGUCCGCAACUCAAGUAUGGCAGACAGGGUGUAGGAGUGAUAGGUGUGAUUCAAUGUGACUUCCUGCAACCCACCCACAACAAACAAGACUUCGACUACACCAAGGAGUACAGGAGCACCAUAGCAGCCCUGGGCUUAAAGCUGACAGACUAUUGGCUGCAGAAGAAAGGUCAAGCAUCCUUGUCAAGGUCAUCAUCCCCAGCUGCAGCUGGAGGAUCAGAGGAGGAUGAACCUGCGCCCACCCCAGACCAGCUGUGGGUCCAGUGUGAUCACCCGGACUGUCUGAAGUGGAGAAAGUUACCAGAAGAAUGGAAGAAUAAGAAACUACCAGACAAGUGGUACUGCAACAUGAACCCUGACCCAAACUUCAGGGCAUGCUCUGUCCCUGAGGAACCUGAGGAUGACCCUGAUGAGGAGAUAGCAGGUCCUUCUUACGACAAGUCUGUCAAGAGACAGCUGGAGCGUGAGAAAAGAGAGGAAAAAUACAGAAAGGAACAAAAGCAGCGGAUGGAGAUAGAAGAAAGGGAGAGACAGCUGAGGCAGAAGGACCUCCAGUUGCAGAGACUCGGUGCACAGAUUCAGCAGAGCAUCCAGACCCAGGCCGCGGACAAGAAGCCAUCACACGCAGAACUGGUGCGAGCAGAGAUAGAGAUGAACAGGAGAAAACAGAUGGAGACCCAGUACAACAAGAUGGUGGUCGAACUCAAGAAACAAGAGAACCAGCUCCAAAAGCAGCGAGAUGAUCUGUUACAAGCCCAGCAGGUGGCUCAUCACUGGCAACAGAGAGCAGAAGCAGCUGUUUCCGCAUCCCAGAGAACACCCAGACAGCCCCAGGCUGGUCCUUCAGGGGUCGCUUCCCAGAAAAGACCAGCAUCAAAUUCCCUCCAGAACCCUUCAUCCAGCAAAGUUCCCCGUAUGGACGACAGUGAUGACGAUUGCAUCAUCAUCGACGACAGCAAUACAAAUUCCACAUCAUCUGUGACAGUGAAGACAGAGAUCUGUCACAUCGGUGUUCAAACAGACCCCGCCGAUGUAGUCAGAGUUAGCGCAUCAACCGUCCGGGAAAUCGCUACGCUGUCGACCGUAGAGCAGCGUCAACUACUCAUGGAGCAGUCGAAGAAGCUGAAGAUGUUGAGAAGAAACGUCAGCAAACUUAUCGGUGUGCUGGUGCCAGAGCUGAGCCUGGAGGAUAAUGACAUUGACAUGGAGAGCGAUUCAGUGGACGAACUGCUCAGACAAGUGCUGGAAGCCAACAAGAACCAGUGACAGGGGGGAAAAGACUAAGAGGACUAAGUGUUACUUGGAGGUAGUCUCCAAGCCGAUGUAGCCAUUCAGCUCAUUCUUGAUGUUUUAUACUUAUUGUCAAAACCUUUAGUGCUCAUUUCUAGUGUAUUUUUCACCACCCUCUGUAGGUUGCAAACUAGCCAGCUAACGUCUCUGGCAUAUUGUUCAGACUAUUUGGUGAGUUU